GUUCUGUGCAGUGCAGCGGGAGAGAAGCGCGAACCUUUUGUUGGGCAGUGACUUUCUUUUAGAAUCGACGAGAAAUCGCGUGUGUGAAAAUAUUCCACCUGCUUAUCGGGAUUUUCUUGACAAUAUCGCCAGUAUUAUUUCUUAUCACAACCCAACACUAUUGCUAAGUGAUAAAAAUUUGACCGUCAAAAAGGCACACUAACGAGUCUGUGGAGUGAAAAAUAGUUGUAAAAUUUUUUCUACACACACUGAAACCGUGACGAUCAGAUAAUUAUAUAGUUGUGCUUUAAAAGACACUGCUUUGACUACGAAUUUAUUCAUUAUCACUCGAAAAGCUGCACGAAGACGCGGUGUUCAAUUGCUCACACGUUUCCAUUAACUACACUUCACUCAGUGCUCAAUUGUUGGAGUGAUUGGGCGAUUGAUCGGCGAAUCAGCUGGGAAAAUGCGUGCUCUUGCGUCAAGUCAAGUCAUUUAUUUAUGGAAAUUGGUGUGAAACAGUGAAAAAAUCCUCGUGUUACAAUUUAUUGGUAUUUCUUUCAAAAAAAGAAGUGUGUAUUUGCUCUGUGGAUUCAACAUUUGUAUUCUAAUAAAACGGGAACACGGGAAUGUUUGCCCAAAUGUUCGGUAAAAGUGUUAUUUUUAAUUUAUUGUUCUUCCUACUGUUCACGACAAUUCAUGCGAGAGUCUUCCCAACACCACCAGACACCACGGAAGAUAGAGAUCACUGGGUGAGACUGUCCGAGCGACAUUUGCGACGCAAAUUGAACAGUGGAAGCACGGGUGAGCAGAACCUGGCGAAAAAUGUGAUAAUCUUCGUGGGCGAUGGCAUGGGAAUGCCAACAAUCACGGCUGGCCGAAUCUACAAAGGGCAGAAAAUCUCACAGUAUUCUGGCGAAGAGACCGUGUUAUCAUUUGAUGUCUUCCCCCACAUUGGACUGGCCAAGACUUACAAUACCGAUAAACAAGUCCCUGACUCCGCUGGAACAGCCACAUCGCUCUUUACCGGCGUGAAGACUCGCUAUGGCUACAUCGGAGUGGACAGCACUUCCAGCUAUACGGAUCCCCUGGCUGGGAAGCUGUCCUCCAUCAUGGACUGGGCUCAGGCGAGCGGCAAAAGGACGGGCAUUGUGACCACCACGAGAAUCACUCACGCCACUCCGGCCGCCCUUUACGCCCACUCGCCCAACAGAGACUGGGAGUGUGACUCUGCCAUUCCCGAUGGUGUCACCAGCUCUGCCUUCAAGGACAUCGCACGCCAGUUGGUCGAGGAGUCGCCUGGCAAGAGGCUCAACGUCAUCUUGGGCGGCGGUCGGGAGAUGAUGGGAGUGAAGGAGAAGCUGUACGAUAUCAACCAAAUUAAGAUGAAUGGCAGUUUUGAGCAGCUGUGUCCACGAACAGAUGGCCGAAACUUGGCCGAGGAGUGGCUCAAGGAUGAUACGCAAAAAUCCAAGCAAUUUGUGAAAAACACCGGUCAACUCUUGGCCGUGAACACCGAGAAAGUCGACUAUCUUAUGGGAUUGUUCUCCCAGAAUCACAUUCCCUACAAUCUCGUGAGGGAACAAGGCGCUUCGGGGCCGCCAUCGUUGGCUCAAAUGACUUCUCAGGCUAUCAAAGUCCUUCAGCGUCCAAAUUCUCCAGGAUUCAUCUUGAUGGUGGAAGGCGGAAGGAUAGAUCAUGGGCAUCAUCAGAACUUCGCCCAUGUCGCUCUUGAUGAGUUCGUCGAACUGGAUUCAGCCGUUGAGACUGCCCUCAAUCUCACUAAUCCCAAAGAUACUCUCAUCAUAGUCACGGCUGAUCACUCCCACGCAAUGAUCUUCAACGGUUACGCCACGAGAGGGAAUGACAUUCUGGAAUUCGGCAACAAGGCUCAGGUGGCACCUUAUGAGACCCUGACUUACGCCAACGGCCCAGGAUUCCUCUAUCAUCGGCUCAACAAGUCUCAGGAGGACCAGGGCAGGGACAACACGUGGAUGCGAGUGGAGACUAUCUCGAGUUCCGACCGCGAAGAUCCCUUCUAUCGCCACUUGUCCGCCUUUCCGCUCGUGGAUUCCACCCAUGGUGGCGAGGAUGUGCCCGUCUUUGCCACGGGUCCCGGAAGCCACCUCAUUUACGGUGUCUUCGAGCAGAACUACAUCGCCCAUGUGGUGGGAUUCGCCACCUGCAUGGGUCCCACGAAGAGCCUCAACCCCGAUUGCCAUCGCUACAAGCUCUUCGCCCAAACCACCAGCGCCUCAGGCAACAUCACCCCAUCAUCAGUAAUAAGUCUGAGUCUCACCCUCGUGCUAGCAGUGCUGUGCCAUACUUGGUUGUAGGAAAAUUAAAGUGUAAUUAAAUGCU